GCACGGAGGACUCCGCAGUCUGUGCUGGUUCGGGGCGGCUGGAACCCAGUACGAAACCCAAGCCGUGAAGCUUCGGCAGCCCUGUUGAGCCGCGGACCGCCCUCUGCUUCCCGGUGCCCGCGGCGGCGCCGAGUCUGACGGGGCGGGGGCCACGGCCCCUCGGGCUAGCAAGGAUGAGCUUCCUCUUUAGCAGCCGCUCUUCGAAAACAUUCAAACCAAAGAAGAAUAUUCCUGAAGGGUCCCAUCAGUAUGAACUCUUAAAACAUGCAGAGGCAACUCUCGGGAGUGGCAAUCUGAGGCAAGCUGUUAUGUUGCCGGAGGGAGAAGACCUCAAUGAGUGGAUCGCUGUUAAUACUGUGGAUUUCUUCAAUCAGAUCAACAUGCUGUAUGGAACCAUUACAGAGUUCUGCACUGAGGCAAGCUGCCCAGUCAUGUCAGCAGGUCCCAGGUAUGAAUACCACUGGGCAGAUGGCACUAAUAUUAAAAAGCCAAUUAAGUGUUCAGCACCAAAAUAUAUUGACUAUUUGAUGACUUGGGUUCAGGAUCAGCUUGAUGAUGAAACUCUUUUUCCUUCUAAGAUUGGUGUCCCAUUUCCCAAAAACUUUAUGUCUGUGGCAAAGACUAUUCUGAAGCGUCUCUUCAGGGUUUAUGCCCAUAUUUACCACCAGCACUUUGACUCCGUGAUGCAGCUGCAAGAGGAGGCCCACCUCAACACCUCCUUUAAGCACUUUAUUUUCUUUGUUCAGGAGUUUAAUCUGAUUGAUAGGCGUGAGUUGGCACCACUUCAGGAACUAAUUGAGAAGCUUGGAUCUAAAGACAGAUAAAUGCUGCUUCUUCUAGAACACAGUUACCCUCCCCCUCUAUCUACUGCUAGCACUCUCUCAUUGCUGUCUGGUAUGGACUAAGUGAUACUGACUACAAGAAACCAGGAUCAAAAGAUCCAUUGCGUCUGAAAAAAAAAUUGUCCCAAAGGUAGGUUGGCCAGAUAGCUUCAGAACAAUCCCAUGACACAGCUAAAUCAGAGGUGCUGUGUGGCCACCCUGUUACUGUUAAUGUCCUUCUUUGUUUUCACCUCAUGACUAACCUGUAGUUUGUUGCUGAGUUUUGUUCAAGAAAAUGAGUUUUUCCGUGGGACAACAUAAUGGACAUUAAGAAUUUUCAGCAGCAACUUAUUAGUGACCUUCUAGAACAAAUGUCUUAACACAGAUGAGUUUGCUUUGUUUUACAAAUCAGUGGUGGUCUGUUUCACUUUGGAUAGCGUUUUGGUUCACAUUUGUAUACUGAUGUUUAUAGGCAAGAGUGUAUGUUUUCUAGCCAGGCAUGAUGGUCCAUGCCUGUUAGGGGCAAAGGUGGGAGGAUCACACAUUUGAGGCUGGCUUGGGCUACAUUGUGAAACUAUUGCUAAAAAAAGUUUGUUUUGCAAAAUCCACAAGGCUUAAAUCACAGGCAUAUGUGGACUGAGAUUAACCAAAGUUAUUUUAAGUGACUUUACUGUGUAAACUUGUUUGGGAUUGUCUUCAUGUCUGACUAGAUGAGGAGAGUGCACGACAGAUUUAAUCUUUGUGGCUUCUGACAGCGUCGUGCAGGUUCUCAUUUGAGGCUCUUGACUCAGAUUAACUUCAUAUGUAGGCUGGGGCAGAGAUCAAGAAAACUUCCAAAAUCUGUGACAUACUUGGGCCUCAAAGCCACUGUUUUCAUUGAUAUUUCUUUGCAGUUCUUGAGGCACAGUAGAAAAAGUAGUCAGAGUACUUGAUUAUUUCCUGGAUGAUUCCAUGUUUUUAUUGCAACUUGAAACUUUUCUGUGCACGUAAAAUGCACAGACUUCAUGGCGAUAGGACAAAGGUCAAAACCACAGAAUAGCUUGCAGGGGUGUGUGACAGCAGGUCUCCCUGGGCCUGUUAAAGCUGGAGACCCAGCAAGGGGAGUGAAUUGGGCAGCUUGGCUUCCUUCUGUUACUGAGCACAGGCUGCAGUGAGCUCUAAUGCUUCCAUCCUCCUUGCCUUUGUAGCAAAACUUGAAUUUUUCCUCAUCCUGUCAGGAUAAAAGAAUCCUCUUUUGGGGAAGUGCCUGCUUUUCCUGUGAUCCUCAGACCUAGUCUGUUCUGGCUGCCUUUUCAAAUGUACAUGACAUCCCAGGGAUUCUGGACCCUUGCCCAACAGGCAGUGCUGGAGUUUAUCAUUGUUGUGUGUCAGAGCUGGGACUUACAUAGUGCUCACUGGCCUCCUACAUGGCUUAAUAAAAGUUAGAGUUGAUGAGGUUUUUGUUAUUUAUUUUGAUUCCACUAGACUAUACUGGAAAGUAUUGCUUAGAAACUCCAGUUUUAAUAACUCAUUUUCAGUAUGUUCUUAAGUAUGCUCAGAAUUUUAAAGGAACUGUUUUGUCUUUAUUUUGGCUGAAAUCACCUAUCACCGUUAGAGGAAUUCAAGUUGGAAUGACGGUUUAGGUAAAAAGGGCAGCUUGGAAACACCUCACAGCCCAGGUGUAUGCAAAUGUCCAGACAUCAGCUGUUCUGUAAGUGUAUGACAGUCACCUGCAGACCGGAAACAGGCUUCUAGAUGAUCAAGAAUGUUUCACCUCUCAACCCUAGACUCCAUUUACUUUGAUUUGCUUUAGUCUCUCUCUUUUUUUUUUUUUUUUUUUUCCAGAGCUGAGGACUGAAUCCAGGGCCUUGCGCUUGCUAGGCAAGCGCUCUACCACUGAGUUAAAUCCCCAACCCCUGCUUUAGUCUCUUAAGGAAUGAAAUUCUCUUUCUCAACCAGGGCCCAAUCAUUUUUAUGAGUUCCGAUACCCUCAAAACCAAGGUUUCUCUGCAUGUAUUUUGGGGAUAGAAAUGCCCUCUCCAUGUCUGAGCUCCCAAUGGUAGAUGUUAAGAUACGGAGGAGGCAGCCCCUAGUGGGAUAUAAAGCAAAGCCUUGCUGGUGAAAAAGAGUAUCUCUGUUUUUGGUUGUGUCCCCCUCCCCUUUUUUCCUUUUAUCAUUGAAAACAGUGCUAGACUCCCACACCAACCUGCCUUAAUCAGCAGUGUGCACACUGCGCUGUUGCUCAGUGAGGCAAAGACAUGGGAGGAGGAGUUUGUCUUUCUGCUUUGGCUAGAGGGCUCAUUUAUAACAUCUGAAGAAAUCAGUCUGUCCUGGGUUUAUCUGCAUAUUUCAUGGCUCUCCUGCUCCCCUCAGCAGGAGUCAGCUGUUCUGUCUGAUUCUGCUCUCUGGACUUUGUUGCAGUGACUUCCGAUUGACUGGUGAAUUCUGCCUUAGCCCUGUGGUGCUUUAACUUUCAGGACUUGAAAAACUUGGAUAUUGGGGACUGAAGAGAUGGCACAUUGUUUAAAGCAUUGGCUGCUCUUCCAAAGGACCCUGGUUCAAUUUCCAGCACCCAUAUGGUGGCUCACAAGUGUUUGUAACUCAAGUUCCAGUGGAUCCAACUCCCUCACACAAACAUGCAUGCAGGACAAACACCAAUACAUUAAAUUAAAAAAAAACCUUGGCCAAUGAUAGAUUUAUAAAAAAUACUUACACUUCUCUUGUACAAUUUUUGUGUCAACUGCUACUAUAUUGUUACUCUGCUGAUUGAGUAAAGUGUCUUACCAGCAGCCAGUUAGCCAGGGGUCCUUUUAUCUGCAGCUCCUUGGCCUGCAGAGCUAGUUUAGUUCACACAACUGCUCACUGGAGAAUUGCAGGUCUCUGUUCUCCAUGGCUUGUAGCAAAGGCACAGGCACAGUCCUGGCGGUGAGGUUUCCUGUUUGUACUCUUGGCUUCUCUCUGAGCCCCAAGAUCAUACUAAAUAUAGCGUCUCAUAGCUUCUCAGACAUGUCAUUACCUCAGGCACAUAAACAAAUCAAGACUGAAGAGUGAGGCCCCUACAAGUGUGUGUCCACUCCCCAGUCAGAAUGGAGUCCUGAAACACUGCCAGCCUGGGCAUGCGCUGCUGAGCACCUUUAGCAGUCAUGUUCUUUCCGCCUGAGGUCAGUGAGAGUUCUGACAAAGAAGGAAGCCACAGUAGUCUUUGGUCUUCCUGACUUUACAUUCAAUUUUGAUGCAGGGCUUUGAUGGGCUUUGGAGCACAUGUGGCAGCAGUAAUUUUACUGAAGCAACUGCAUUGAAAUUCACUCGGGUUUUCUCAUCAGAACGUAUCACAUAGUUUUCUGUAAAGCCAUUCUGGAUGGCCAGUGUGCUGUGGACUAGUUAUAAAACAGCAUUCUGUGUUGGUCUGCCUCAAAAAUAGUUUGCAUAAAGUAGUCUUCGUUACCAUCUAAAAUAACUUAAAAUAUUCCUCACGUAAAAAAUUUAUGUUGUAUUUUUAAAACUUUUAGGGCUUUAUCUAUUUUUCUAAGUCGUUAACUGUACUUUUUAAAAAAGUAUUUUAUACCUACUUUUGUAACUUCAUCAGAAUAAACUAUAUUGAAACCAAAAA